GGCGCACGGUCCGCGGUGGAUUCAAAGUGGACAGAAGGUAGAGCUGAAACGCAGCCUGGGGACGGAUGGAGACUGCGGAGACUAAGGUGGAGGCUACAGCCCGAGAGGCCCUGGCCAAGGUGGCAGACAUCCUGGAGCCUGUAGGUCUGCAGGAGGAGGCGGAACUGCCUGCCCAGAUCCUGGCUGAGUUUGUGAUGGACUCCCGGAAGAAGGACAAGCUCCUCUGCAGCCAGCUUCAAGUAGUAGACUUCCUACAGAAUUUCUUGGUUCAGGAGGGCACAGCCCAGGACUUGAACCCCUUGGCUUCUGAAGACACGAGCCGGCAGAAGGCAGUUGAAGCCAAAGAGCAAUGGAAAGAGCUGAAGGCCACCUACCAAGAGCAUGUGGAAGCCAUCACAAGUUCCCUGACCCAGGUACUGACCAAGGUGGAGGAGGCCCAAAGGAAACAGGCACAGCUCCAGGAGGCCCUUGAACAACUCCAGGCCAAGAAGCAAGUGGCUAUGGAAAAACUCAGAAUAGCUCAGAGGCAGUGGCAGCUGCAACAGGAGAAGCAUCUGCAGCAUCUGUCAGAGGUUUCUUCAGAGGUAAAGGAGCGUCAGAGAGGAACUCGGCAGGAGCUUGAACGGCUGUAUCAGGAACUUGGAACCCUGAAGCAGCAGGCAGGGCAAGAGCAGGACAAGCUGCAGAGGCACCAGACCUUCCUCCAGCUGCUGUAUACCCUCCAGGGUAAGCUGCUAUUACAUGAGGCUGAGGCAGAUGCAGAGAUGCCACAAGAGCUGAAUCUUCCUAAGGAUAAGCCCCAGCAGCUGACCCAGCCCCAGGAGCAGAACACUCAGGACACCAUGAGGAGAGAUGAGGGUGUGUCCUCCAAGGCUGACAACCCACAGCCUGCUGGAGAUGCAGGCUUACCAUGGCUUCCUGCGGGACAGCAACAUGGGAAAUGAUCCUAGAGCAGGUCAGACUCCAGCUCAGGCCAUGAUGUUCAUGAAUUGCAGGAGGGAGGGUCUCUGGUCUACCUGCUCUGUUUCUGAGCUCCACUGUUCUUGGAGGGGAUGGGAUAUGAGAAGGAGCAAGGAGUUUACCUUAUUGUUGAAGUUUAGUACAUUAUCCCCAUGCCUAGCCUACCCUGGGCUAAUCUCUGCCUUCCUCUUCCUAGCCCUGGCCUCACCCGAUGGACUUAAAUUCCUUAAGUAUAGCCUGAUAUUUGGCUACAUACCAUGCCCUGGCAGACUCUGGAUUCUGUUUAUUAAAAACCCUGGAGCUCUCUCAUCUGUCUGUUUGUCUUCUUGUCUUCAUAUGUUGGUGGGAAGAACCACACUCAGAGGCCAACAACAUGAUAGUUGCUGGGACCGUGUGAAUAGAGAGUGUGUAGAUGGGGAAGGAGUCCUGGCCUGGGGCAUCAGGGGUUGCUUGCUCAAAUGAAUAUGUUACAAACAUGCAGAGAGAAGGUGGUGGUUUAAGUGGGUGGUUAGAUGUGGAAAGAUAACUUUACUGAUCCAAAUAUUUACUGAAUCCCUGAUUUGUGCCAGGCCCCCUGCUCUGAGCUAGAGCUACAGCAGUGGGCUUAUCUGACCAGUCCCUAGCCACGUGGUGCAUAAUGAGAAUGAAUAAGUGAAAAGGUCAGUAGGGAACUUCCCUCAUGGUCCAAUGGUUAAGACUUCGCCUUCCAAUGCACGGGGUGUGGGUUUGAUCCCUGGUCAGGAAGCUAAGAUCCUAUAUGCCUUGUGGCCAAAAAACCAAAACAAAACAGAAGCAAUAUUGUACCAAAUUCAAUUAAAAACUUUCAAAAUGGUCCACUUCCCAAAAAAAAAGUCUUUAAAAAAAAAGGUCAAUAGGAUGAUUUUAGGGUGUGUUAAAACAGGGUAGCAAACUAAAACAGAGUAAUGAAGAGCAAUAGUGAGAGAGGAUGGAGCCCCCCGUCUGUCUAUAUUGGCCUGUGUCUGUGUGAGUUAGUAUUUCUAUUUGUGUUUGUGUAUGUGUGUUUCUGUGUCUUUGUUGCUUUCAGUCUCCAUUCUUCUGUGUGUCUGUUGCUGGAUGUGUGGACAGUUGGGGGCAUUACUGUGUUUGACAAAGAGAUUGCAUUCCUGAUUGGGAGUGUGGGAACUGCUACUUAAGAGAGAGAGAAAAAUAACAGUUCUCAGAGAGUAGAAAACUCAUUUUCUAUAUGAGAAAAUGAUCUUCACGUAAGAGAAAGACCCAAACAUCUCCAUGAGAAAGACAAUGGGGUCUUUUGUUUUUGGUGAGAGAAAGUUUCAAGAGUCAGGGUUCCCUGUUCUUUCUCUGACUGAGGUGCCUUCUCUCAGGUGGAGACUGAGAUCCUUGUGAAUUCCGAUGGCUUGCUCUGCUUUUCUGAGGUGUCCCUAGUUUUCUCUCAAAUUGUCCUUUUAAAUGUAUGAAAUAGGAUAGAUAUCAGAGGUCUUUGGGCUCAGAGAGGAUUGAGGAUACUCCACCAGGGAGCACACAAAUACCCAUAGAGUGGCUUCCUCAAUCUACUCAUCCCCCUCCCUCCCACAUGGUCCCUGCUGUAGCCUUCUAGUAACCCACAUAUCCAAUCCCAUUUUUCCCUGCCUCCUACUGGGUGGGCUCCCUUAGCCCUACAGUCCAGUUUCCUUCUAGUCUCACAUUCACCAAAAUGUCUGCAGCACAAAGGAGAGAGCAAGAAUACAUGUAUAUCUCCACCCCAGGAAAGGAGUGUCUACUAAGUGACACUGGGAUGUGAGUUGGGAUGAUGUAGAGUUUUCCUAUCUUUGCACACAUGGCUGUCAGAUAACUCCAAGUCAGGGGCAGGGGAAUGAGAUUGGGAAUAUGUACAGUAAUCAAACGUGGAGGUCUGCAGACUUCUGGGAACCAGAUUUCUCUCAAGGAGUAUGCAGUGCAUCAUCAAGAGGAGAGGAGACUUGAUUAUCUGUUCAAAGCCCUUGAAUUGCCCAUGUGGCUUCGGACUAGCUUUCAGAUAGAAGCUGGACUUCAGCUUUCAGCUGUUCUCAUCCCUUGUUAGGCUCCCCUAAAGACUAUCCUUGUUCAUUGAUACUUGCACAAACUAGAUGUGUGCAAGAAGGGAAACUAUCCCUGGGAAAUUGUGAUCGCUUACACAAAGACAUGGAGAUCUAUGAGUCGACAGAGG